GCCCAUUUACUCAAACUUGGCAAACUUCAAAUUCAGCCGGGUACGCUGUCAGGUUUUCGCGAGAGUGCAUAGUACCCCGAUGGGUACCUAUACAAACGCACACCAUUUGUAUACUCGGGUACAUGUUGAACGUUGAUCGUCAGCGAUGCGACUUCUCAGGAUUGCACUCAGUCGUCGCCAUCAUACCUUUUCCUCCAACAAGAAUGGAUCCUAAUUGGGUGAGGCGAAGUUCAAACCUUGAGCUGGAACAGCUUUAUCUAGACAAUGAUGCACUAACAUUGGACCCGGAAACUGACCGACCUAUCUUGCUGGUCAAGCUCACAGGUUAUCGGCUCUUGAACAUGUCGCUUCUCUUAGCACUUGGUACUGCGAAAGCCAUUCUCUCAUAUCAGGGACAGUCUACGACGCCCACCACUCUUGAAUGGAUUCUCGGAGUAGUACUCAUAGCCAUCAUGUUUGUAGUCGUCCGCUGACUGGGUUAUUCGUGACUGAUAAACUUUCAGUUUGUAUUGGAUUGGUUUAUACGAAAAUGUUCGACCGGUCUUAUUGCCAUGGUUUUUUUCACCGACUAUGCGCCGCAACUUAUCGCUACACUGGUAACCUUUGUACGAAGCGGUCUUGCAUGUAUACUCUGCUCUACUUGAAUAUUCUCUGCGCCACCCCAGUCUCGAUAUCCAUCUAUCUCAUACAAUUCUCCUCGGACGUGGACAAGGUCAUCAUUAUAUGCAUUUUAUAUGGAGGCAUCGCAGUUGUGGGGAUAUUUGUGACGUCUCUUCCGCCGGGCCCACCGCGCGAGAAACGGAUAUGGGACUACAACAUAUCAUGUGCAUCAUUCAGGAGGACUAUAAAGGUCGUGAAGAAGAUAGGGAACGUCGUAGGCUUCGCUGUCGGAUUUUACAUCUUCUUUAUUGCAUUGCCUGUACCAUUGUUCCAUGUGCGUGACUGGUUGAACCAGCACAAACACGGAAUGGAAUGCCUAAGUCGCCGAGAGUACGUUCAAGGCAAAUAAAGGACUAGAAAUUAAGACCUUGUUACGCUGGAGGAGAACCUGUUGUGUACUACACGCACUAGCAGGAAUUGGGGAGAAAGCGAAAUUGUAUUCAAGCGUAAGGAGCGGAGAAAAACGAGCGACGAGGAUCCUAACAUCAGUCCGUCAAGAAUUGAAAGCACCCUUUUUACAUGACGACAGCAGGACAGGAAGGGAGACACAGUACGACAGCAAACGAUACGAAACAGAGAAGGGAGCGAGAACAGAAAAGGGUAUUCGAGAAGUAGGAGUGGAGUAUGAAUGUGCCCUCAGAAGAAAUUCAGGCUUUUACAAGAUAUUCGGUAAGUACGCUUGUCCGUUCGCGGCGGAAAGUGAUCUAAGAUCUAGACCACGCUGGACUGAGGGGUAGCAAAUGGUGAGCCACCACUCUCUUCACCGC